AUGUUCAAAGUAGUGUUAUUGCUUUCGCUAACGGCUUUCGUUUCAGCCGUUCUAGAAGAGAAUAAUGUCGUACAAGGCGUUGAUAUUUGCGAAGGGGAAUCCUGUGGUACCCAAUGCAAUGGAAACAAUUGCUCUUACUGCAGUGGAGGAAAUUGCUGUGAAACCAGGGAAUGCAACGGAUGUGUAAACGUCUGCAGGUCUGGCUGUGGGAGCAACAGUUGUGUAAACGACUGUUUUAAUUCGUGCUCGUACCGUCAAAGAAGAUGUAGACCGAGGACUUGCAACCCCCUGCAGGUGAAAUACGUCGAAAGCAGUUCAAGGGGAAGCACCAAUCCGAUAGACAUUACCACCACCCUGAAUAUGACAAACGAAAUACACAAUGUCAACCACAUUAAUAUUCCUAUAAAUUCUACAGUUAUGAACAUUGUACAUACAAACAUUGCUGAUACCAGAAACAGCAGUAAUUGUUGUACAGUUCUUCCGCCGCAGCAAUGUCAUUACGAGAAUAAAACGCUGCACUGUACGCAAGAACCAAAGAGGAUUUGUUCUUCUCAAUGUAAUAAGCCUUUAAUAAUUGAGAGACCUGUUCCAUAUCCAAUCCGCAUUCCAGUUCCACAUCCAGUUCGUGUUCCAAUCCACGUCCCAGUUCCACAUCCAGUUCAGAUUCCAAUACGCAUCCCAGUUCCACAUCCAGUUCAAGUUCCUGUCUAUAUUCCUAGCCCUCCCAGAGAAAGUCCUUGUGCUCCAGUUUUGUAUAAUCAAAGGUAUUACCCAUCAUGCCAAAAUAUCCAAGAUUCCACUCAUUUGUGGCAAAAUGGAAAUAGAUUCAUAAUUCAACCAGACACUUCUCUACAACCACCAAAUUGUUCGAGUUGUUUAAGCUGCGGUAGUGCUAAUUUAGAUACAUGCAUUAAGAGUGGAAUGUGUCCAUCGCAAUGUGCACCUUACUUACAGAAUGUCUGGCCUCAUAUUCAGUCUGGUACAUUUAUGCAAUAAUAGCAUUAUA